GCAGAGCAAGGGAUAAGAUUUUGAAAUCGGUUUUGUGAGUCACAGCAGACUCUGAGCACCUGCCCAUUUGAGGCAAACUUCGCGAGCUUAGCUUGUGGGAACCUUCAGAGCAGAUCUGGGGGCUGGGACUUUUUCAGUGGCUUCAUCAACUCACAGCAGAAGCGAACAGCCUUGAGUUGAGGAAACUGUGGCUGGACAGGCAGCCAGGCCCCUUCCUUCUCCUGCGGACUGGUGACAGCGAAGCCCGUGCACAGCUGAGUGUCGGAGGGAGCGAGGGGCCCCUUUGGGGAUGUUGGGGCUAGCUGUCACCCUCCUGCAUCUCUUGCUCCUCAAGGGGCAUCACGGCCAAGGAUCCCCAGAUUCUACUCACAAUGUGAUUGGUCUCUCGGGAAGGCCCCUCCCUCUACGGCCUUCUAACACACAGAUGGACAUAUCUUCUGUUCAAUGGAAGAUGGAGCUACACUCACGUCCAGGAACUUAUGUGAUACUGACUUGUAAGAAUCAUUCCACUCCGACAUAUGGAGAUUUAGCUCUUAAACAUUUCAACAAUACACUUGAUUUUAACUUUGAGAACUUAACCCUUCUCAUCAAGGCCGCUAAGCCACAGGACAAUGGUCACUAUACACUGGAGGUGACCAAUGAGUUUGGAAAGGUGGACGUGGUCCAGUUCAAGGUUUCCAUAUUUGAUCAUGUUAAGAAGCCUCGCCUGGAGGAGCAGUGGAAGGUCCUGGAUGAAAGGAAAUGCAAAGUGGUGCUGUCCUGCUUGGUCUCCGGGGACAGCAAUGUGACCUACACUUGGUACAGAGACAAUGAAUUGAUCUUGGAGCCUGAGAACUUUACCCAUCUGGUGGAGCUGGUUGAUCCCAAUGACCAGAACACAUAUACCUGCAAUGUUAGCAACCCUGUCAGUUGGGCAAGCCAAAACCUCAGCCUCACCCAGGGAUGUCUACGUGUCCCCUUGAGAUCCAGAAUUCUGCCCUUUAUGGUGAUUGUCAUUAUUCUGGCCAUACUGUUUAUUGUCACUUUCACUUGCUUCUGUGUGAGGAAGAGAAAGAGAAAGCAGUCACAGACCAGCCCAGAGACACUUCUGACAAUUUAUGAAGAUGUCAAAAACCCACAGAUGAGGAGGAAUGAACAGCAGGAAGUCCUUGAAGAAGGAGUCACCAUUUACUCUGUGAUCCAGUCCCAGCCUUCUUCUUCCACAUCAAAAGAAACUACAAAUACGUUGUAUUCAGUUAUACAGCCUUCCCGGAAGUCCAGAUGCAAGGAGAGGAACCAUGACCCUUCCGUCAAUAGCUCCAUCUAUGAAGAGGUUGGAGCAAGAGAGUCCAAAGCCCGUAACCCUGCCCGACUGAGCCGCAAAGAGCUGGACAACUUUGAUAUUUAUUCCUAAAUGCUGUAGCUCGUUAGGCCUUUCUUCCAUAUCCGCUUUGGUGCUGGGAAUCAGCGGAAUAGAUGUUGCCACACACAGGA